AUGCUCAUUGAUCUCAUGAUUUGCAAGGCGAUACUGGUCACAGCGUUUAUCUGGGUUCAGUUCGUUGGUCCAUCACAUUCAAAUCCUAGUCCAUUAGCCACUUUUCAACAUGCCAACAUAUCCCAUGGAAGAAAAGGUUUAAAUCCUGGCGACCUAGGCUCAAAUUUUUCCCCGCGCAUGGACUUCGAGCAAUGGAAACCUCUGACCGGUCGGGGUGAUCCACUACGGAACGACCCCACUUACGAUUAUGAGCCACCUGUUUUGGAAAGGGUUCACUAUUGGGCUGACGAUACCCGAGUGGAGCGCGAGCGCAUUCCCGAAAAGAAAUCAGAAGUCUUGGUACUAGGAUCUAUUGAAAUCCAAGAAACUGAUUUAGGCAUCAAAUAUGAUGUAAGUGACGGAAGUAAAGUGCCAUUAGAAUUAUACAAAAAAGGAUUUGUGGAUAAUGAUGAAAACAAUUACAAACCACAAAAUGCAAGCAAGAAGAAGAAAAGAAACAAAAGAGAAAUUUAUCUCGAUGAUCUAUGGGCAACAGAAGAUGGCAAAUUU